AUGUCUCCGUCUACUACGUCCCAAGAGCAAGGGAAGCCCUUGCUUUCAUCCUCACUCCCAAAUAUACCCGCUGCAUCACCAACUAAGCCGGAAGCCGUCGCUAUUCCGGUGAAUCGCCGAGUGCUGCCAGAUUUCCUGCAGAGCGUCAAUCUCAGUCAUGUCAAGCUCGGUUAUCACUAUCUCAUCACUCAUGGGCUCCCUCUGCUCCUCAUUCCGCUCUUCGCUUCCGUGGCCGUGGAGAUCUUUCGAAUGAAGCCCGACGAUUUGCUGGAGCUGUGGCAGCAUCUCCAACUGAACCUGGUCAGCGUGGUCGUGUGCUUCGCCGCCGUUGUUUUCGGCGCGACUUCGUAUCUUCUCCUACGACCACGCCCCGUCUACCUUGUGGACUUCGUCUGCUUCAAGCCUCCGGAGAACCUCGCUCUCUCACUUUCGGGGGCUCUUGACCAUGCCAAAAAGCUGCAGAAGUUCAACGAUAAGGCGCUAGAGUUUCAAAACCGCAUUCUUGAGAGAGCGGGCCUUGGCGAUCGCACGUGCCUCCCGCCCAGCUUCAUCAACAUUCCUCCAAACCCGUCCCUGGACAUGGCGCGGAAGGAGGCCGAGAUGGUGAUCUUCGGCUCGCUUGACGAGCUGUUCACUAAGACGGGCAUCAGGCCCCGCGACGUGGGUAUUCUCAUCGUGAACUGCAGCGUCUUCUGCCCCACGCCGUCGCUGUCAGCCAUGAUCGUGAACAAGUACGAGAUGCGCAGCAACAUCCGGUCGUACAACCUCGGCGGCAUGGGGUGCAGCGCUGGUGUCAUCUCCAUUGAUCUCGCCCGCGACUUGCUGCAGGUGCACGGCGGCUCGUACGCGGUGGUUGUGUCGACGGAGAACAUGACUCAGAAUCUCUAUUUUGGCAACAAGAAAUCCAUGCUCAUUCCCAACUGCAUCUUCCGGAUCGGCGCAGCGGCCAUGCUCCUCACGAACAAGCGCAGCGAGCGCCGCCGGUCCAAGUACGAGCUGGUGCACUGCGUGCGCACACACAUGGGCGCGGACGAGAAGUGCUACCGGUGCGUCUUCCAGGAGGAGGACGACGAGAACAUCGUCGGCGUGUCGCUGUCGCGCGAUCUCAUGGCCGUCGCAGGCGACGCGCUCAAGGCCAACAUCACGACGCUGGGUCCGCUCGUGCUGCCGCUGUCGGAGCAGCUGCUCUUCUUCGCCGUGCUGGUGGGGCGCAAGGUGUUCCGCAUGAAGAUCAAGCCCUACAUUCCCGACUUCAAGCUCGCCUUCGACCACUUCUGCAUCCACGCGGGCGGCCGCGCCGUGCUGGACGAGCUGGAGAAGAACCUGCAGUUGUCGCAGUGGCACAUCGAGCCGUCGCGCAUGACGCUGUACCGCUUCGGCAACACCUCCUCCUCCUCCAUUUGGUACGAGCUCUCCUACGCCGAGGCCAAGGGCCGCGUCAGGCGCGGCGAUCGCGUGUGGCAGAUCGCGUUCGGCAGCGGGUUCAAGUGCAACAGCGCGGUGUGGCGCGCCCUUCGCCGGAUCAAGCCGGAGGAGAACGUAGGCCCACAGCUGGCCGAGCUUCUGCAGCUGCAGCAGGUUCAACAGAAGCAAGACCUCAUGCGGCUCUCAGAAGCUCAUGCUGUGUCCAACGCGGAUGCCGCGUUCCGUAGGGGCCUGGAAGAGCUGAUUCAGGACCACCUUAACACGUGUUUGGCCCUUGCCAACUGCGGCACGGCCACUCAGCAUCCCCAUCCUUACUUGAGCCACCCACUAGCCGCUGAGGGACCAUCUCAGAGUGGCGUCCCGUCUGCCAGUGCUGUCGGCUCCGCCGACUCCGCAAAUAACAGCAGUUCCAGUGGUGUUGGAAGCAGUGGGACGGCUUCUGAUGAAGCCGGUAGCAGCUGCUGCAUGACCGCUCUCUGUGGCGGUGUCGGCAUGACGAUGGAUGAUGCUUCUCUGCCAUCGCUGCUUCGUGAUGCCUCUGACAGUAACGUUGAGAGCCAUGUUUUCAUCCCUGCUGUUGACAGCAUUGGAUUAGCUGGUUCUUCCGCCCAGAGGCACAAUGGCGUCGCACCGACCGUUGAAGACGUUGAAGCCGCAGCGGCGGCAGCUGCGGCUGUAGCAGGCAUCGCUGUCGCUGAUGUGGGUGGCAACGCGACAGGGAGUGGGAAUGAGUCGUCGUCCCCCGCGCAAGGAGAUGUGGCUCAUGCACAGCAGCGGUGGGACGAGGUGCAGGCGGAUGCGGAGGCGAUCAGGCUGGCACUGGAGCGAGAGGCGAGGGAGCGGGAGUUGCUGCGACUGGCAGAGCUGCAUGCCGUCAGCGUGCUUGAUGACGCCUUUCGCUCCUCGCCUCCCAUUGCCUCCCGCUCUCCUCCUGAGGACCCAGCAAACUAUGCGAUAGCCGACCACACGGACGCGUCUGUGAUGCACAUGUGGCCGCCUCUUGAGCAGCCUCUGCCUGCUUAUAGCCCGGUCGGGCAGACAGGAAGCCCUGAGGAGGUGCACGAGAGUGAUGCGGAACAGACAAGUGAGGGGAUUCAGGUACAAAGCGGGGGUGCGAUGGAGAGGAUCGAAACGGCAGGCAGCACAGGCUCCCGUGGGUCUGUGCGCGGUCGCUCGCCAGGCUACUUGUCUGCCUCGCCCGGCGGCAGCAACUUGUCAUCCUCCCAACCAUCACCACGAGCCACAGCGCCGCUCGCAGCCACCGUUGCUGUGCAACCCAGCGCUGUCUUGGGUGCCGACAGCACUAUGGAGCUGGAUGGGAGCAUGGACGGGGAAGCGCGUCUGAUGCAGCUGCUGCUUCGGGUGGAGAGGGAGCGGCAGCGGGAGCUAGCAGCGCUAAUCUCCUUCAGAGCUGUCACCGAGUCAUCCUCACGCGAUCGGAUCCAGGCGUGGAUGCAGCGCCGGAACUUGCUGACGCAGCAAGAGCAGGUGGAGGAGGAUGAGGACGAAGAGCAGACACAGAUGACGGAGGCGCAGGAGGAAAUAGGAGCGCUGCGAACGCACCGAUUUGUUUCUGGGAUUGAGUCCCAGUUCAGAUCCAACUUGGAGAGCCUGAUCGCUCUUGGCCCGACUCGUGCAUGGCAGCAACGGAACUUGCGGCAGUUUUCACAGCAGCAGCAGCAGCAGCAGCAGCAGCCGCAGCAGCAGCAGCAGCAGCAGCAGUUGAACAGACAUGCUCAAGGCAAUCCAAGUGCCCCACAGGGACAGGCUCCAUGGGCACGCGCAUCUCCUGCCGGAGGCGCCCCUGUUGCACCUGCUCAUGUGCCAAGCGCUGGUGUCCCUCCCCCUCAUCGCGCCACCCUGCCGUCUCCUGCACCCCUUCCACUGCCUCCUCAACCUACAUCUAUGGCCCGCGCACGGGCUCCUGGCAGGGGACCCCGACUGCUGCCUCCUGCUCCCCCUCCCCCUCCUCCCUUUGGCGCGCCUCCCCUAACAGAAUACAAUGAGGAAUUGCAAGAGCUCCUCAGCAGGCGCAGUGUGACAACGCUGUUGACGUCAGAGUUCCGCCAUCGUCUGGAGCAUCUCAUCCACUCCUUCAUCACGCUUCGAAGGCCCUUGGCUGCUGCCGCCGCCGUUCCUUCGCCUGCCGCCGUUUUAACCCCUGUGCAGCGCCGCCAGCAGCAGAGGCAGCAGCGACGACAGCAGCAGCAGCAGCAGCCGCAGCCGCAGCCGCAGCCGCAGCAGCGGCAGCGGGAGGAGGGGCUGAACGGAGGUCCAGGCCAAGUUAAUGGGAAUGGGGCCGGGGAUUCAGAAGUGCCAGCUGGUGCAACUGCAGGUCGCCGGCCACCAAUUCCUCCCCCACCUCCCCAGACCCCCCUCUGGCAAAUGCCGUUCAACGCCCAUGCUGGCCCGCCCAUGGGUGGAGGGAUGGGAGUGCGAGGGGCACAUGCAUAUGGUGGAGGGUUCAACCAACACCACACACAGCGCUACAUGGACCAUGGGUGGUUGGAGGUGCGUGACGAGGUGAGGGGCAUGGAGGCGAGGAUGCAGGAGCAGAUCUCGCGUGUGGAGCAGGCCAUGGAGGUGUGCCUCUCCAUGAUGUCUGAGCUGCAGCGCGCACAGCGCCAGGAGCUAGCCGGGGCACUGCGCCGCGUCUACGACUCUGGCAGAGGUGUGCCACAGGAGGCACUGGGCGGACAUAAAUGGGCUCUCAUUCGCUCCGGCACUUGCUGUGUCUGCUGCGACAAACCCAUUGACUGCUUGCUGUAUCGGUGCGGCCACAUGUGUGCAUGUGUGGAGUGUGCAAACGAGCUCAAGAGGAGGGACCAAAACUGCCCCAUGUGCCGCGCACCCAUCGUGGAAGCAGUCAAAGCUUACACAGCUGCAAGCGGGCAUAUCUGA